GGUACAUCGAGUUACUUGUUCUUGUUCUGAGCAUUUCAUUAAUGCCAACAAGUCAUGGAAGAAUAGGAUACAAUAACAAGUGUAUAGUGAAUAGUACAGCACAUGUUGAGAAGUAUGACAGAGUGUUUGUGUUUGUUGGGGACUUCAAGGGAUUGGUCUCUAAAAGGCAACCAUGGCCCGAAACAUUCAUUGAAAUUCAUAAGUUGGCAGGAAGGACAAACAGGAGCCAGGUUAUACAAGAAGGAAGAAAUGCACUUGACUAUUACAAGAUCAGGUUUGGAAUAGAUGUAAGUCACUUGGUUACUGAUGAUCAGAUUUACAAUGGAGAGGAUGUAGCACUCGGGGAUUACACAUUCUCUCCAUUGCCUAACUAUUGGGUAGAAAGUCCAUAUCGUUUGAUUAUUGAGUCGAAGGGAAAUAAGGCACACUAUUACAGAAACGCACCAGAAGUUGUCCAAACUUUAUUUAUUCUAAAAAUACACAGUGAACUGGCAGCAGGAGGUACCUAUAACAAGACACUUUAUCCUGGAGAUGUUCUAGUGUAUGGUGAUUAUAUAAUUAAGACACCAAGGCGCUGUUCAAUGGAUGGUUUAACUAUAAUCCGUUUCCUUUCCGACCCCCUGAGAGCUCAUGGAGGGAAUGGCAUUAUCACGCAUGCUGACUAUGGAACAGGCUCUUCUCAACUGUCAUUUGUUAAAAGUGAUGAUGGAUUUACUAAAGCAACAAAUGUUCUUCGUUUUCCAGCUAAUUAAAUUACCACAAUUAUUGAACCGGUAAUGAUAUAACCAGCGUUAUACAUAGCUUUUAAAUUGUUUAUGAGAAAAUUAUUAUCAAAGAACUAAU